AUGCGCCCUCUAGAGGUUCAGAUGGGCGCAUGCGUUAAGGGAGUUGCUUGGCAACAGUCAUUGUGAGGCUGGAUUGUGGGAAUGCUGGUUGUGGCCUGCUAUUUCAGUUGGGACCUCCAGGGCGAGUGUCUCUUGAAGGUCAUCCGAUGGGAGGAUGGCGAGUGGGGUGAAAUCACAGUCCGGGGAUCGCUUCCCAGAGGAGGCUAUCAGGAAACCACCUGCAGCAGCCAACGAGGGGGAUGAAGGAACAGAACAACAGCUCCCGAAGAUCAGGCCAAGAGGCAGGAACCAUGGAGACCAGACCUGGCCUUCAAGGAAAGUGAUUAAUGGAAUUAAACAGGGUCAAUGCCAAAUAAGUUCCGCAGAUGAUGAGAUAACCCAGUCACUGGAGAUAGUCUCAGAGGAAUAUGAGUGGCCUCAAUCUAAGAAUUCUCUGUUACUAAUUGAAAAACUGCGAAUGGACUGUAAAGAUUCUGUCAGCUUAUUGAAAAUCCAGGAUGCGGUACUUGCAUAUGAAAGAUUAAUAGAAUUUAAAAAAAGUCACUGCAGACUGCUGAGAAGAAAAACUAAACAUAUGGAAAAUAAGGUCUGUAGACUACACAAAAAGCUCUCAGAACUAAGAGAAGUGAAAUCACAGUUGGAGCACCAAACAGUAGAAUGGGAACAAAAGUGCUGCAGUUUGAGAUUUACAUUAAAGAAAGAAAAAGAGAAGAGAAGAAAUGCCAAUAUACUGUGUGAAAAAAUUAGGGAGGGGUUAAAAAGAAAAGAAAAGCAAUAUAGUAAAGAAGUUGAAGAGAAAGGAGAACUUGAGCUUACCCUGAGAGCACGAGAAAUGGAACUGAAGAUUGUAAGAAGUAAUUUGAAUCAGGUGCAAGAAGCACAGAAUCGCAAUGCCGUGCAAGAAACCAUGAAGAGGCAGGACUACUUGGAGAACCUUGAAAGUGAAAAUUUGCAGUUAAAACUUACAAUCAAAGAGCAAUCAGACAAAAUAAAAGAGAUUCAGCAAAACCUGUUAAGUUCAAGUUCAACUGAUGAUCUUAGAAAAAAAUUGGAUACUGUGUCUUCAAACUUUCAACAUUUGUAUACAAUGAAUGAAGCUCUUCAACAACAGUUGAUAUCUUUGAAAGCAAUUGAAAAGAAAUACAAAAAACUGAAAGAAGAGAAAAAUCAAUUGAAACAGAUAGUAGCAAACUUGAGAAAUCAUAUAAAAAUGAAUAUGACAGAACAUGGUCAAAUAGUGUUGUAUAAACAGGAGGUUGAAGAAAAAGCAAGGCAGUACAUUGUAGACAGAUUAAAAGAAGUCAAUCUAUUUUUACAGGCACAGUCAGCAUCUCAGGAAAAGAUAAAUCAGUUAAGAGAGAAUAAUGAUUCUACCGUAAGGAGCCACAUGGAACUCAAAAUUAAUGAUCUAGAAUUUGAACUCUCUAAAAUGAAAACUGCUCACGAUUCUAAGAUUACAGAAUUGGAAAAAUAUAAACUAUUCUAUCAAGAAGAAUUAGAAGCUAAGAAAUCAUUGUCAAGUGAAUUAAAUGACACUAAGAAGAGGCUAGCAGCAGUGAGCAAGGAGCUUCAUACAGAGAAGAGAGUGAACAGAUCACUGCUCAGUGCUCUGACGGUGAGGUCUGUCCAAGUGGUGCCUUGCUGUGGGAAUCCUAAGAACAACUUAGUGCUCAAUAGAGAUCUUGUUGUGAAAGAGAACUUGCUGAUUCCUGUCUUAAGAGCACAGCCAUCAAAUAACAGCAUGGAUGACUAUUUGACCAAGAUACAUCAGGAGUUGGACGAAUAUAUCACUAGAGAACUACAAAAACAAAAUGGUGCUGAUGACUGUACAUCUGUAUUCUACCAGUCUUCUCAUAUGCAAUCUACUCAAGUUGAAGAUCUACUUUUAAAAGCAUCACAAGAAUAUGUACAGUUCUUAAACAAAAAAUAUAAGGUCUGAAAGACAAAAAUU